AUGAAGAUUGGAGCCAUUGUGAUGAUGUGCCUGCCAUUAGUUGUGAUGUGUACACCUGAGGUUUCUCAAUGUAAUUACACAGCUCUUGUCAACAGAGCAAGGGGAUGCUGUGAAAACAUGUACAGGCAAGGCCUGGUAUAUUUCAAGAAAGCACAGCAAGCGUUUGAGACGGCGAAAGAUAAGUUACACACCAGGAUGAAUGAAGCAAUGACACCGAAGAGCACGGAGUCUAGAAGCUCGUCUGCGCUUAAUGAAGAGAAUGGAGAGGAAUCAGCCAGCAAGCCAUUUGACCUGACUGAGGAGGACAUCAAGAAGAUGCUUGACGACAUUAUGAAGCAGUUUGCAGGGCAUACUGGAAGUAAUGAUGUAGAAGAGAAAAAGGAUGAAGAUGCCAAGCCUGAGGAGAAUGUUGCAUCUGCUGGCAAUCAUGAAAAGGAUGGAGCGCAAGAGCUGUAG